AUGAACUAUCCAUUGUUUGUUGAAUCAGAUCACACAACAAAGUAUAAAGCAUUUCGUCGUCAUUAUCCACGAGAAUUAUAUACAAAAAUUUUAGAAUUUUAUUUUAAUACAACCAAUCUCAAUCUCGAUGAUAGUGAUAAGAAAAUACCAUGCGCUUUGGAUGUGGGCUGUGGUAGUGGACAAGCAACUGUUGAUUUAAGUCAUUAUUGUCAUCGAGUUAUUGGAAUCGAUGGUAGUGAAAAUCAAUUGAAAAAUGCACCAUUGAAAGAGAAUAUUGAAUAUCAGUGCCAAAUUGCCGAAAAUUUAACAUUUCUACCAUCUAAUUCAAUUGAUCUUGUAACAGUAGCAAUAGCAUUACAUUGGUUCAAUAUCCAAACAUUUUUUGAACAGGUUGAUCAUAUUUUAAAACCAAACGGUGGUGUCUUAAGUAUUUGGUGCCACGAGACUUCAUUAGAUAAUUUAAAAGCCGAUGAGAUACUAAAAAAUUUAUCUAUAUAUGAUUUGCGUAGUUGUUGGAAUGAUAAAACACAGAUAGUAAUUGAGAAUUAUGAAUCAAUAAUUGAUAAAUUUCCAUAUCAACAAACAAAAAUAAAACAUCUUAUCGAACAUGAGGAAGAAAUGUCGAUUGACCAAUUUGUAAAUAUGAUUGAAACAUGGAGUCUAUGUCAAACGUAUCGUAAACGCUAUGGAGAAGAGAAAUUAAAACAAUUAUUAGAAACAUUUACAAAUAAUUUGGCUAAAUGUUAUGCAGAAUCAUCAAAUGAUAUUAAUAGUAAUAACAAUAAUAAUGCUAUUUCCGAUAAGAAAAUGAUUGUUAAAUGGACAGUUCAUUUGCAUUUAAUGAAAAAGCAAUAA